UCCCGCCCCCGCCGCCAUUUUCCAUGUUAUUCUCUUUUGCUACACAGCGUUUCAUCAGUUUUGAAUGCAACAAUUUGUAAUAUAUUGUUGAGUUUUGGGUUACUAAAUUCCCGGCUUCUCCAGUUUAGCGGAGAGGGGAGUUUAACUCCAAAUUCAGCCAAGGAGACGCCCUGCUUAGACAGCCAUGUACAUCAAACAGGUCAUCAUCCAGGGGUUCCGAAGUUAUAGGGACCAAACUGUAGUAGACCCGUUUAGUCCAAAGCACAAUGUCAUCGUUGGAAGGAAUGGGUCAGGAAAAAGUAACUUUUUCUAUGCCAUUCAGUUUGUGCUCAGUGAUGAGUUCAGCCACCUGCGACCUGAACAGCGCCUGGCCCUGCUCCAUGAGGGAACUGGUCCUCGUGUCAUUUCGGCUUUUGUGGAGAUCAUAUUUGACAACUCUGACAACCGGCUGCCGAUUGACAAAGAGGAAGUCUCCCUUCGUCGUGUCAUUGGUGCAAAGAAGGACCAGUACUUCUUAGACAAGAAGAUGGUGACUAAGAAUGAUGUCAUGAACCUUCUGGAGAGUGCUGGCUUCUCCCGUAGUAACCCCUACUACAUCGUCAAGCAGGGAAAGAUCAAUCAAAUGGCCACAGCACCUGACUCGCAGCGUCUAAAGCUGCUACGAGAGGUGGCAGGGACACGGGUGUAUGAUGAGCGCAAGGAGGAGAGUAUUUCUCUUAUGAAGGAAACAGAGGGGAAGCGAGAGAAGAUCAAUGAGCUGCUGAAGUACAUUGAGGAGCGUCUGCACACCCUGGAGGAUGAGAAGGAGGAGCUGGCUCAGUACCAGAAGUGGGACAAGAUGAGGAGAGCCUUGGAGUACACAAUCUACAACCAGGAGCUGAACGAAACCCGUGCCAAACUAGACGAAUUGUCCACCAAGAGAGAGACCUGUGGAGACAAAUCCAGACAGCUGCGUGAUGCUCAGCAAGAUGCCAGAGACAAAGUAGAGGAGACGGAGCGUGUUGUGCGGGAGCUGAAGUCCAAGAUCUCUGCCAUGAAGGAGGAGAGAGAGCAACUGUCGGCUGAGCGCCAGGAGCAGAUCAAGCAGAGGACCAAGCUUGAGCUGAAGGCCAAGGACCUGCAGGACGAGCUGGCAGGCAACAGCGAACAGAGGAAACGCCUGCUGAAGGAGCGUCAGAAGCUGCUGGAGAAAAUCGAGGAGAAGCAAAAAGAGCUGCAGGAGACUGAGCCCAAAUUCAACAUGGUGAAGGAAAAAGAGGAGCGGGGUAUCUCCAGAUUGGCCCAGGCUACUCAGGAGAGGACAGACCUGUAUGCCAAGCAGGGCCGUGGCAGCCAGUUCACCUCCAAGGAGGAGAGGGACAAGUGGAUUAAGAAGGAGCUGAAGUCUCUAGACCAGGCCAUCAAUGAUAAAAAGAGGCAGAUCGCAGCCAUCCACAAAGACCUGGAAGACACAGAGACGAAUAAGGAGAAGAACCUGGAGCAGUACAAUAAACUCGAUCAAGAUCUAAAUGAGGUCAAGACUCGUGUUGAGGAGCUGGACAAAAAGUAUUACGAAGUGAAGAACCGGAAAGAUGAGCUGCAGAGCGAAAGAAACUACCUGUGGCGUGAGGAGAACGCAGAGCAGCAGGCCCUGGCAGCCAAACGAGAGGACCUGGAGAAGAAACAGCAGCUCCUUCGAGCGGCCACCGGCAAGGCCAUUCUGAAUGGCAUUGACAGCAUCAACAAAGUCCUUGAGCAUUUUCGUCGGAAAGGCAUUAACCAGCACGUCAUCAAUGGUUAUCACGGCAUCGUCAUGAAUAACUUUGAAUGUGAGCCUGCUUUUUAUACCUGUGUGGAGGUGACUGCGGGUACCAGACUGUUCUACCACAUUGUGGAAACAGAUGAAGUCAGCACCAAAAUACUGAUGGAGUUCAACAAAAUGAACCUGCCCGGAGAAGUCACAUUCCUGCCCUUGAGCAAACUGGACGUCAGGGACACUGCCUAUCCAGAGACCAAUGACGCCAUCCCAAUGAUCAGCAAACUGCGCUACAGCCCCAACUUUGACAAGGCCUUCAAGCAUGUGUUUGGGAAGACCCUGAUUUGUCGCAGCAUGGAGGUUUCCACCCAGCUGGCCAGAGCUUUCACUAUGGACUGUAUAACUCUGGAAGGUGACCAGGUGAGCCACCGUGGAGCACUGACAGGAGGGUACUACGACACUAGAAAGUCUCGUCUGGAGCUGCAAAAAGACAUGAGGAAGGCUGAGGAGGAGUUGGGUGAGCUGGAAGCCAAGCUCAAUGAGAACCUGCGCAGAAACAUUGAACGCAUCAACAAUGAGAUUGACCAACUGAUGAACCAGAUGCAGCAGAUUGAAACACAACAGAGGAAGUUUAAGGCAUCCAGAGACAGUAUUCUGUCAGAGAUGAAGAUGCUUAAGGAGAAAAGGCAGCAGUCAGAGAAGACGUUCAUGCCCAAGCAACGCAGUCUCCAAAGUUUGGAGGCCAGUCUCCAUGCCAUGGAGUCCACCAGGGAGUCACUUAAGGCCGAGCUGGGUACAGAUCUACUUUCUCAACUCAGCCUGGAGGACCAGAGGCGCGUCGAUGACCUCAAUGAUGAGAUCCGUCAGCUCCAGCAGGACAACAGGCAGUUGUUGAAUGAGAGGAUCAAGCUGGAGGGCAUCAUGACCAGAGUGGAAACCUAUCUCAACGAGAACUUACGGAAGCGUCUUGACCAAGUGGAGCAGGAGCUAAAUGAGCUGCGAGAGACUGAGGGAGGCACAGUGCUCACAGCCACAACAUCUGAGCUGGAUGGCAUCAACAAACGUGUCAAAGACACUUUGUCCCGAUCAGAAGAUCUGGAUGCUCUUAUUGACAAGACAGAGGCAGAGAUCAAGGACCACAUAAAGAGCAUGGAGCGCUGGAAGAACAUUGAAAAGGAGCAGAAUGACGCCAUCAACCACGACACCAAGGAGCUGGAGAAAAUGACCAACAGGCAAGGCAUGCUGCUCAAGAAGAAAGAGGAGUGCAUGAAAAAGAUCAGAGAGCUCGGCUCACUGCCUCAAGAGGCCUUUGAGAAGUACCAGACCCUCACACUCAAACAGUUGUUCCGAAAACUGGAGCAGUGCAACACAGAACUGAAGAAGUACAGUCAUGUCAACAAGAAAGCUCUGGACCAGUUUGUCAACUUUUCUGAGCAGAAGGAAAAACUAAUUAAGCGUCAGGAUGAGUUGGACCGUGGCUACAAAUCCAUCAUGGAGCUCAUGAACGUCCUGGAGCUGCGCAAAUAUGAGGCCAUCCAGCUCACCUUCAAACAGGUGUCAAAGAACUUCAGUGAGGUCUUCCAGAAGUUGGUGCCGGGUGGCAAAGCUACACUGGUGAUGAAGAAGGGUGAUGCUGAAGGCAGCCAGUCUCAGGAUGAGGGUGAGGGCGGUGCAGACAGUGAGAGGGGCUCUGGCUCACAGAGCAGCGUUCCUUCAGUGGACCAGUUCACUGGAGUUGGCAUCAGGGUUUCGUUCACAGGGAAGCAGGGGGAGAUGAGAGAGAUGCAGCAGCUGUCUGGAGGUCAGAAAUCCCUGGUGGCUCUGGCUCUGAUAUUUGCCAUCCAAAAGUGUGACCCCGCCCCUUUCUAUCUGUUUGAUGAGAUCGACCAGGCCCUCGACGCCCAGCACAGAAAGGCUGUCUCAGACAUGAUUGUCGAGCUGGCAGGCCAUGCCCAGUUCAUCACCACCACUUUCAGGCCUGAGCUGCUCGAGUCUGCCGACAAGUUCUACGGUGUGAAAUUCAGAAACAAAGUUAGUCACAUUGAUGUGAUCACAGCGGAGCAGGCCAAAGACUUUGUGGAGGAUGACACCACCCACGGUUAAUAGUCUUCAGCUUUUCAUCAUCCUCUUGCCCCCCCCCCCCCUUUCUGCAGUGCACUGCGUAGCUCACAGCCUUCCACAACAGGGCCCAGAGACAAAUAUCUUAUUCAAUCCACCAGCCUUUUUUAGUCCCUCUGUUAAAGGGAAAAUUGGACUUUCUCUAUAGGUGGGGAUUUAAUUGGAUAUGUUGUUUGGAUAACACUCAGAAAACACCAUCUCAAAGAUAUGGAUAUUUACUGUUUAUGGUUGACAUCAUUUCAUGCUGAUAAAACUAUAGAUUUGAAAAAAAAAUUGGUUUUGUUGAAAAACUGUUAACAGGGGACAUUUGUUUUGUCAACUUUUCCUGCGUUGCAGUGCCUCUGUGGAUUUGGCAAAUAACAGAAGUACAGUUCUUUUAUGCUGAAAACACCUCUCACUUUGUGUGAAGAGGUCCUGAGGAGAGCACUUGUUACCUUUUGUGUUACUGUGAUAAAUUUUUCUAACAAACAAUAGUUCUGAGCUGAGAUUUGGUAAUCUGCCAUUUGAAAUGAGAAGUGCCAGAGAGGCUCUUAAAGGUAACAAAUCUUCAGGACCUUUUCAGAAAACAAAUCAUCUUAUGUACAGUAAAAACACUUUUCAUAAGACUUAGAUGAAGAUUGUUUAUCUGAAACCUUUAAGUUCAGUGGAGAUGGGUGGGUCUAAAGGUUAUAUGGGUUUUUGUUGCCAUCCUGGAAAAAAAAAAAAAAAAAGACUACCUGUUCGCUCUGAGGUUUCUGUAAUCUAUACACUUUGUACUCAUGAAACAAUGUUAACAUGUAUCUGUCAUCACCAGCCACAUGGCUUAAAAUGUUUAAAGGUUGUGUUUCCUUUUAAUGGUUGUUACUGUAUUGUGUAAUUUUCUGUUUUUAGGUCAUUUAAAUAUAUGAAAAGUUUAAUUUCAAAACCCCAGAUAUUCAUUUUGGAAAUCAAAACAGCCUCCUGACUUGAUAUUUCAAAAACAGAAGUGACUCAGUGGUGGAUCACUGUAUCUAUCUGGGUCCUGAGAUGACUCAUAACUUCAGUAGUAAGCCAAGUUGUAAUUAAUCAUUUUUUAUUUUCAUAAUGGAUAUAUUGUUUGGGAUUAAACUCAUCAUAUGUUG